CUGAUUGGUCAAGGAAUUCUAGUCAGUAUUCCGCUUAGUCACUUUGGCGGAGUCUGUGAACUUCAGCUGCGUCGAGGCUCUGCUGCACAAAACCGUCAGCUCUCAGCCGCUACACUCGAGUCUGGAGCAUCAAGAGCAGAUUCCAGAUGGAAGAAGCAGAUAAAGUUUCCUCCACUGCACCACCCGAUGGAGCUCCGCGCGAUAUCAUCAUGAAUGAAGCCGCUGCAGUGGCUCCGACACCGACAGACGAGACGCUGCGCAGCGCGGAGGAGCAUUCACCGGAGAACACUAACCGUACGAACCUUACUACUGCAGAGAUAACUAGUGCUCCACGGAUUACUGAAGAAACUAGUGCUCCAGAGAAAACUAGUGCUCCACGGAUUACUGAAGAAACUAGUGCUCCAGAGAUAACUAGUGCUCCACAGUCGACUGGAGAAACUAGUGCUCCAGAGAUGACUGAGGUUACUAGUACUGCACAGACAACUGAAGAAAACAUUACUGCACAAAAAACUGAGGUAACUGCUCCACAGACGACUGAAGAAAACAUUACUCCACAAAUAUCUGAAGAUGCCAGUGCUCCAGAGAUGACUGAAGAAACUAUUACUCCACAGACGACCGAAGAAACCACUACUGCACAGAAAACUGAAGAAAACAUUACUCCAGAGAAAACUGAGAUAACUAGUGCUCCAGAGAUGACUGAAGACAGCUUGACUACCCAGAUAGCUGAAAUAAGCAGCACCUGGCAGAUAACGGAGGAAACUAGCCGUCCAGAGCCAGCAGAAGACCGCUUUACUCCAGCUGCUGGUGAAGAGCCUCCAGAAGCAGCAGCAGCAGCAGCAGCUCCUCCAGAGACACCAUCCUCCUGCUCUGAGCCGCAGCCGCGGGAGGAGAGCCUGACCGCCCCGCAGCAGGAGGAGGAGGCCCCCCGAGGAUCUCUCUCAGAGCCGGAGAGCAGCAGACACGCCGCGUCGGAGCACCGAGAGCCCUCACCAUCCCAUGAACCUGAACCCUCUGUUGCUGCUGCUGCCGUCGCUCCUGCUCUCCUUCAGUUUCCACCAGACCGCUACGAUUCUCCACCCAUAGCUUCACGGGCCAGCGCUAGUCUUGCUAUGGAUCCAUUGGGACAUAAGGACUCGGCAGCGUCUGACCCGGAUGUGCUGAGCCAGUCCAAUGACGACUUCAUGUUCGAAAUGAAAAAGAGUCCAUUCCAGUCAUUUCCCCCUGUGAGCGACAACCUCGAGGAGGCCACUGCUGCCAGGAGAUCAGUGGAGGUGUCUGAGAGUCCGUCUCCAGACCUGGUUCAAGACGCAUACGAUGAAGGCCAUGUGCUGUCCGAGGAGCUCAAACCGGAGACUGAUGCUGAUGCGCCGGUCUCCCUUUCAUACGCACCAUCUGACCUUUAUUCAAACAUCACCACGGCAUCUGACGACCGACCAACGUCUCUCCCAGAUAUUCUCAAAUCUUCUCCGAUGAACCCUGAGAAACUGGACUCGGGCUCGUCAGAAGGAAGCCCUGAUUUCAGCCCAGUUCACAGAAGUGUGGACGAUUCCCCAAAUUCCCCGUUCCCUGCUAACAAUACCUUUGCAUUUGACACCAAGAACUUACUGCUGAAGGAGAUGGCUGAAGAGACGGAGGCCAGAGCUGUGGAGAGGGCCAAGACGGAAGUGGAGAACAACUCCAAGCAAAGUUUCACCGCUUUCGAUCUUGUGAAAGAGACAGACGUGCCGCUGAAGAGCGAUGACCUUCUGAAGGACAAAGAGGUGAUCAGCCAGAGCGAAGUUCAGAUGGCUGACAGAUUUGAGUGUCUCGGCUUCCCCGGCGAGCCAUCUGAUUCUGAGAGUCCGUCUGCAGACUCCUUCUCCCCGGUGCUGGAUGCAGUCACGCAGGAGCCGUCGGAGCAGGAGCGGCGAGCCAUCCAGGGGGCGAUGGACACCGCCGAGGAGGCAUCAGAGCAGGAGGUCUCAUCUGAAGAGUUCGAGUUUGUGGAGCGGCCGCCGCGAGGAGCCGCUGAGGAGUUUCUGGAAAUGCAAGAUAGCCUGGCCUUCAGUAAACCCUCAGAAAUGCUGCAGGAUGAAGACCAAUCUCCUAAACUGGAGCCUCAGGAGGCAGCAGACCACACGCCUACGAUCAAAGAUGCAGACAAACAAAGCUCUUACCAUCUCCUUACACAGGCGUCCGACAAACCUUUUCCUGCGAGAGGUAAAGCGGGCCUGGAGUCUGAUUUCCAGGAAAUCUCCCCAGCUCCUGUAAUCUGUCCUCCAGUGGAUAAACCCGGAGCCGAGGAGAAGGAAGCUGAAGGCAGCAUGUGUGACUUGAGAGCAACGGCAGUGCUGGAGCUGCUGUACUGGCGGGAUGUGAGGGCCAGCGGGCUGGUGUUGGGCUGCAGCCUCUUCCUCCUGCUCUCUCUCCUCAGCUGCAGCAUCAUCAGUGUCCUGUCCUACUCCUCACUGGCCCUGCUUUCGCUCACCCUCUCCUUCAGGACUUACAGGGGAGUCCUGCAGGCCAUCCAGAAGUCUGAUGAGGGGCAUCCAUUCAAACAGUACCUGGCUCAGGAUGUAUUUCUGUCUAAAGAUGUGGUGCAGAGGCACAGUGACAUGGUUCUGAGCCGGAUUAACGGUGCGCUGAAGGAGCUGCGGCGUCUGUUUCUGGUGGAGGACCUGAUCGACUCGCUGAAGUUCGCAGCGUUUCUGUGGGUCCUCACGUACAUCGGUGCCUGGUUUAACGGACUCACGCUGCUCAUUCUCGGUCUGAUUGGAGCUUUCAGCGGCCCAAUAGUCUAUGAGAGACAUCAGACUCAGAUCGAUCAGUUCAUUUUCAAACUGAAGAGCCGGGUGAAGGAUGUCACGGGCCAGAUUCAGGCCAAGGUUCCUGGAGCGAAGAAGAAGUCCGAGUGAUUCUGGAGCGGCUCUGAUCUCCACUCGUCAUCUUCAGCUCUAUCUAUCUCUGUCUCUGUCUGUCUGUUUUCCUCACCCUUCAGUUCAUUCACAUGACUGCAUCUUCAUCCAGUUGCUCUGAUACUGAUUGUGAAACACUGGUUGCAGAAUAAAUGAAUUAUCUUGUUUAAUGUCUGAGAAACGUGGUUUUGAUCCUUCAGAAAAUGAAAUGCACUUCAGGUCUGCUUUCCUUUUUAAUGAAGGAAGUUGAAGAGUACCAGUAUUGGCUUUUUGUGGUGUUUUAGUUCCUAUGACUGUGAUUUUACUUGAUUGACUGGAGUUGCUCUGUCAUAAUCAGUUAUCUUAACAACUUUUCUAGAUAUCAGAACAUAUGAGCUCCCCUGCAGGACCACCUCUGGAUGAACACGUUUACAUCAAGCUUCCUCAACAGAAGUUAUUGUAUUUAAAUCUAUUUAUCUCUGGACCGAUUGCUAAAGCGAGCAGUGUUUGCCAUGCCAAUAACUGUGAAUGAAACGUGUCCCGUUGUCUGAACUCUGUGAAUGCAUUUUGAGAUGUUAAUGAGAACCAAUAAAGCUUCUAGAUCAAUCAGUGAA